AUGGGGAAAGCGCGCACGCUCAGUCGACAACGCGCGCAGAGCGCCGCACCCGGCAACGGCGCGACGCCAGUGCCGCUGUUGUCUGCCCAUGAGCGCGCCUACAUGAUCCGCAAGGCCAAAGAAGCGUCCGUCGCGCUCGUCGAGCACGCGCACACGCUGGACGGACCCGUGCAGUGGCACUACACGGGCAAGUUCCGCGGCAUCCAAAUGUACCGCGGCGAAGGCAGCUACGACCACGGAGGCAGUAGUGGCACGGAGUUCCUGUGCGGUGUAACGACCAUGAUGGGCGCGAUCGAGGAAGUGGCCGACUACUUCGACCAGCAGACGACCGAGCAGAUGCGCGCAAAGAAGGCCGAAGACGUGCUGGACUGUGGCGUGCUGUACCUCCUCGUGCGGGGGGACCCCAAGAACCCGUUCUACCGCGUAUCGGCCAAGUAUCAGCUUCUCGAAGGCCCGUCCGCGUUCUCGCGCGAGCGCGACUACUGCUUUCUCGAGUGCCAAAACACGUUUCGUCAUGCGUCGGGACGUCGCGGGUGGGUGCUCAGUAUGCACUCGAUCAAGCUGCCGAGCUGUCCCGAGAUCGACGGCAUCGUGCGAGGCAGUAUGUACCAAUCUGGCUACGUCUUUGUCGAAGCCGAGAAGAAGGGGUACAUGGACGUCAUGCACAGUCUGCAGAUCAACUUUAAGAGCACGAAUCGGUUGCCGCACUUUCUCUUGAACUCCGCACUGAAGCGGCGCAUUCUGUCGGUUGUGACCAUCAGUCGCGAGAUCCAGACGACGCGCAUGGGGCGACAGACGCUCUUGAAGAAGAAGCAGCUCAUGCCGAAGCGAUCGCGCGUCUUGUGCGUGAACUGUGCCCGCAAGUUUUCACUGUUUGUGCGUAAAACGCGCUGUCGCGUGUGUGGCGAAGUCGUGUGUCAACCGUGUGCGCCGCAGGUCACGAUCUCGACCAAAUAUGGCGUCGUCAAGACCCGCGUGUGCACGAGGUGCUGCCAUUUGUCUCCUCGUGACGACUAUGAAGAAGAGGAAGAGUCGCUGCCAUACCCACGUGAUGGAGACGAGGACUUGCGACGCAUGCAGAACGAGACGCGGUACUCGGACAUUUUACAAGAUCACCAGGAUCAUCCGGAUAAAUACCGUGACGACGACUAUAGUAUAGAGGAUGACGAAGACGAGGACGGACUCGAGGAACAGUCGGACUACAGUGUGUUUGCCCAGUCUCGUUUCACCGAUGCGAGUCGCGAUUCUGCUGGUACGAGCCAAUUUGGUGCAUCAAAGUUUGACAGUCACUUCAAGGGAUCGAGUCACUUUGGCACGACAAAUGAACUUGAUGACAGCCAAUAUAACGGUGGUGUCAAUACCAGCGUGGACAGCUCUGUUAGUGGCACUAGCACGUCAGACUGGACCGGGGGCAAUAGUGCUGCGAGCAGUAUGAUGGAAUGGAACCAGGCCAGCAGCACGAGGCCCGCUGAUGGCUACAUUUAUGACCCUCAAGCCUCGACAACGAGCAACAACUUUUAUGGAGCAAGCUCUGGUGGGAGUAGCGACUAUGAAGGAAGGUAUCGUGCGUAUGAAGGGAAGCCUGACAGGCGAAUAGGAAGGUACGACGCAGCAGCACCUAUCCCGGAAGACGAACCUCAUAGCCAUCGCGGCGGGUAUGUUGCAAGUUACAACUCAAGCACGAAGUCCAAAUCGAUGCGGCAGUCAACGCACAAGGCAGAGCAAGGCACAAAGUCCAGAUCAAUGCGGCAGUCAACGCACAAGGCAGAGCAAGGCACGACGUCUAGAUCGAUGCGGCAGUCAAAGAAUAAGGCGGAGCAAGGCACAAAUUAUGACGAGAGUUACGACAGCCACGCACUAAACACAAACCAUACCGGUAAGACUUUGUCGAUCCAAAGUCUCGCGAAAACCCGCGCGGCACGCUAUGGAAUCAAGAGCGAGUUCCCGCCUCCGCCCCCGCCGCCCCCUCUUUCUCCACUGCUUCGAGAACGCGAAGUAGGUGACAGUCCGUUACACCUCGGGGCGCUCAAGUCGGACAAAAUCCAGAGCUUACAGGAUCGAAAGCCGAAGGGUAUUGCUGCGCGGAAGUGUAUCACCUCGCUGUCUCCAAAAGAAGGGCGCCGUGGGACAGACCGACUAUCAUCAAAGCGUGCUCCAAAGAUACCCCCGAGCGUGGCGUCAACUGCCGGAGUAGCUGGCAGGAGUUCUCAUGCUUCCCGUGCUAGCUCAAGGGGCUCGAGAAGCCAUGAUAGUGAUCGACCUUCUGCGAUCCUGGAACAAGUACGCCGCAACCGCAAUCGGGCACUCCGUCAUGAUUCGGGAAGCAAUCGGUCGUCGGCGGCGCUGAAGUCUAUGGAAGAAGAACACUUAGCAAGGAUGUGCGAAAUCGAACGGAUGCAAGAACUGGUUUCGGAAAAGGAGGCAAGGCGACUCACGGUACCGAACUGGAGUCGUUCGUCUGCUUCAUUUGCCCAGAGUGAUGAUCGUUGUCAGAGCGAUCGUUCUAGUGCUGCUGCAAUUGGAAGGAAGCAGCCUCUUCGCGGUUCCCGCCGCUAUUCCAGCCACACCACUUCUGAUUCCCCGAUGAAGGUCCCGUAUGCCUCUCCACCUGGGACCCCUCCUAGCGUGCGAAGCCGCCGGGUGCCCAAGAAUGCAUUUGUCGACAGUAAAGAUAUCGGAUCGUUUGGUGGCAACCGUUCGCGACGGAUGGGUGAUAGCAGCCAUUUCGAGAAAAGCCGAUUUCUAUCCGACCGGUCGAACAAUGCUUUUGUAAAGUCUGACGAUGUGCGCGUCAGUCUCGCGCCAUCUGCGCGUAGUGAAGAUCUUGUGUUCAACACGCAUCGGUCUGGGUUUCGUGUUAGUAAAGGCAGUAACUCGUCGUCCAAUGACCGGCGGGUGAACAACUUGCAGAAGUCAAGGAAUACUUCAUAUCGUGGUCGACAAUCGGAUACUUCGAGUGUCUCGAGUGUUUCCGAUUUCAGGCAUCCGGAUGGAAUUUCGCUCGAUAUGUCGCAGAUUUCGGUAAAUGGUGCAAAUGCUUCCAGCAAAAUCGCAAUGAUGGAGCCAUUCGACAAGUCAUCCGAUAACAUUGCAAUGAUGGAGCGAUUUAGUGCCGAACGCAACUCUCUUGAUUCGCUGUUGGAUGAGGAUUUGCUGAACCAAUCUUUGGCAGGCAUGACGGAGCAUAUUGACUCAAUGCGAGCUCGUGCAGCGUACAAGCUGCCAGAUGAGGAACGUUCUUUAUCCGACGACUUGCAGCGACUACAAGAGGAGCACAGGAAGCGAAUGGAGGAGCUGACUAAAAUGACGGACAACCACGUCAUUGCAGACGAUGGUCGGGACAGCUCGUCCACUUUUGGUGGUCUUCACGACAGCUCAUCUAGUCUUAGUGGCCUACACGACAGCUCCAGUAGCCUGACGGGCUACCCUGGAAACCGCUUCGGUGAUAGCACCAUGAGUUCUACCAGCUCUGCCGGCUCCGUCGACAUUGAUGACGGAGAAUUUGAUUUUGGAUCUCGAGCGCUUGGACGCACAAAGCGCAGCGGUACUAUUGCGUUUGCUUUAGGAGAAUUGAGAAGCGUAGAAGGUGACGAUGGGGAAAGUGAGAGUACGAAUGGUUCUGAGAUGUCUUACUGUCUAAGUGAAGACUAUGCAGAGCGAGAGUAUAGGAGUGAGGAAAAAAUGGGGUAUGACUCGAGCGAAGACCUUGAUAUAGUCUCUCACAAAAUCAUCCGACCGUCAGCAGGUCGCUACAGCGAAGAGUCGGACAGGAACGACAAUGAAGACGAGAGUGAGCCCAUGGAUGUAUCCUAUUGCUCCAGCGAAGAGUCUGAUGAAUGCAAGACCAGAGUAAAACGUGGAUUCACCACUCCUCCGCGUCGCUCGAGUGUGGAAUCUGUGGAGCGUGAGUACGAACAGGUGAGCGGCUUGGCUACCCCGCCACGGGGCUUAACUGCGAAUGCUGCGGAGAGCGUGUCUGAACGACUUGGUGACCCUGCCUUCUAUCCGAGCGGGGAAAUGCAUGAAGAGAAUUCGAGUGUAGCUACCCCGCCUCAUCGUCCGCGCCUGGAGUCUAUCGACAGCACGCACAGUCAGAAUGCUGACCUACGCACACCACCGCGCCGUUUAAGCGUGGAAUCAGUCGAGAGCAUGAGCCAAAGUGUGCAUGACGUAGCCGCCUUGCCUCGCCGCCCAAGCGUAGAGUCUGAGGAUGGCGGCCAUGGACCGAAGAGUGGUUUUGCUCGUCUACCACAGUACCAAAGUGCAGAAUCUAUGAAGGAUAGGCAUGAACGCACAGGUGGCUCGGCCACUUCACCGCACUUUUCAAGUGCAGGGUCCGCGGAGAGUGAGCACGAAGAGGAUACAAGUAUUGCUACCACGCCGUGUCGACCAAGCGUGGAGUCUGUUGAGAGCGAUAGCGAGCAUGAACAAAGCGCAGGUGUCGCCACCCCGAUGCGCCGGUCAAGCGUGGAGUCUGUUGAGAGCGAGAGCGAGCCCGAACAAAGUGCAGGUAUUAUCAUCCCGACGCGCCGGUCGUGUGUGGAGUCUGUUGAGAGCGAGCAUGAACAAAGUGCAGGUAUUGUCACCCCGCCCCGUCGGUCAAGCGUGGAGUCUGUCGAGACCCAAAGCGAGAGCGAGCAGGAACCGAAUGCCAGUGUCGCCACCCCACCGCGCCGGUCAAGCGUGGAGUCUGUUGAGAGCGAGAGCGAGCCCGAACAAAGUGCAGGUAUUAUCAUCCCGACGCGCCGGUCGUGUGUGGAGUCUGUUGAGGGCGAGCAUGAACAAAGUGCAGGUAUUGUCACCCCGCCCCGUCGGUCAAGCGUGGAGUCUGUCGAGACCCAAAGCGAGAGCGAGAGCGAGCAGGAACAGAAUGCCAGUGUCGCCACCCCACCGCGCCGGUCAAGCGUGGAGUCUGUCGAGAGCGAACAGGAGCGAAGUGCAGGUAUUGCCACUCCACCGCGCCGGUCAAGCGUGGAAUCUAUUGAGAGCGAGAGCGAGCACGAACAAAGUGCAGGUAUUGCCACCCCGCCACGCCGGUCAAGCGUGGAGUCUAUGGAGAGCGAGGUCGAGCAGGAACAGAAUGCCAGUGUUGCCACCCGACCGCGUCGGUCGAGCGUGGAGUCUGUUGAGAGCGAGAGCAAGCAGGAACAAGAUGCAAGCAUCGCUACCCCGACGCGCCGGUUGAGCGUGGAGUCUGUUGAUAGCGAGAGCAAGCAGGAACAGAAUGCCAGUGUUGCCACCCCGACGCGCCGGUUGAGCGUGGAGUCUGUUGAGAGCGAGGUCGAGCAGGAACAGAAUGCCAGUGUUGCCACCCGACCGCGUCGAUCGAGCGUGGAGUCUGUUGAUAGCGAGAGCAAGCACGAACAAAGUGCAGGCAUCGCUACCCCGACGCGCCGGUUGAGCGUGGAGUCUAUGGAGAGCGAGGUCGAGCAGGAACAGAAUGCCAGUGUUGCCACCCCGACGCGUCGGUCGAGCUUGGAGUCUGUUGAGAGCGAGGUCGAGCACGAACAAAGUGCAGGUAUUGCCACCCCGACGCGUCGGUCGAGCUUGGAGUCUGUUGAGAGCGAGGGCGAGCAUGAACAAAGUGCAAGCAUCGCCACUCCACCGCGUCGGUCAAGCGCGGAGUAUGUCGAGACCGAGCAGGAACAGAAGGCCAGUGUUGCCACCCCGCCGCACCGGUCAAACGUGGAGUCUUUUGAGAUCGAGGUCGAGCACGAACAAAGUGCAGGUUUUGCCACCCCGACGCGUCGGUCGAGCGUGGAAUCUGUUGAGAGCGAGAGCGAGCAUGAACAAAGUGCAGGUAUUGCCACUCCACCGCGUCGGUCAAGCGUGGAGUCUGUCGAGACUCAAAGCGAGAGCGAGCACGAACAAAGUGCAGGUAUUACCAUCAUGACGCGCCGGUCGAGCGUGGAGUCUGCUGAAAGCGAGCACGAACAAAGUGCAGGUAUUGCCACUCCACCGCGUCGGUCAAGCGUGGAGUCUGUCGAGACCCAAAGCGAGAGCGAGCACGAACAGAAUGCCAGUGUCGCCACUUCACAGCGCCGGUCAAGCGUGGAAUCUGAUGAGAGUGAGAGCGAGCAUGAACAAAGUGCAGGUAUUGCCACUCCGCCCCGUCGGUCAAGCGUGGAAUCUGUUGAGAGCGAGAGCGGUCAUGAACAAAGUGCCAGUGUUGCCACCUCACCGCGCCGGUCGAACGUGGAGUCUGGGGAGAUUGAGGCCGAGCGUAUGAGCGGCAUGGCCACUCCGUUGCGCCACCAACGUGUGGGGCCUGUGGAGUCCGAGGUCGAAUACACGAACGGUAUUACAACUCCACCAUGCCGUCAAAGCGUGGAGUUAGCAGAGAGCGGACGUGGACAUAAGAAUGGGCCUGACAAUGCCAGGUCAUCUCAUAGUUCCAGCGAAGAACACGAUAAGGACCUGGACGAGAUCGUUGUGCGCAAAAGCGACAAGAAGGAUGGUCAGCCGACGUGCCAGUCGGGCGAAGAGGCCGUGGAACAACAAGGUGACUUUGGACACACUGAAUCUGCCUACCGCUCAAGCAAUGAGUCCGAAAUCGAGCACGCAAGCGCAAUGGCAAAGCGCCUGAGUAAGGAGUCGGUUACGCUCGAGACGAGGUACCCGAAGUUUGAUCCUGAAAGCUCGCAGCUCGUUUUAGGCGAAGGAGGCUCGGCCGUCGAUGAGUUCUACGCUGACAUGCCGACUAUCGUGUCGGAUAGCAAGCUUAUUCGUGGAGACGAGAAUGGCGAAGCGGACACUCAUUCACAUCGUGGUAUGUCCCAGGUUUACUUGAACCACGCGCAGCUACACUCGAAUGCCAACGAGGACGGCAACCAUGAAAAAGCGUCAUUGUUCGAGAUGUCAAUUUCGAGCCGGGCGUCGAGUCCUGAUAUAUCGGAGCAUGCGCUAAGUUCUUUUCGCGAGUCGUGCGCGUCAGCAAUCGACGAGGAGUUGAUGAACCGCCCAACAAUGGAACUGUUUGACGUGAUCCGUGCGAAUCGUUCAACGCAUGAUAUGGACGGAAGUCGCUCGCCCGACACGAUGUCCAAUCUUGAAGCGAGCCAUUUGCGGCGGAUGGAAGAGCUCAAUCGGAUUGCAGUUGACCACUUGGGCAACCGCAUUUCCGAUCUCGACGAAGACUUGCUCGGUAGCGCGUUCCGGCCGGGCCGAUCACUGCAUCCCGGAUUCCGAGAUGAGGAGACGGUGAUGCAGUGGCGCUCUUCCGAUGUCAUGGAGGAAGUUCAUAGCAAGCACGAGAUGGACAUGGAGAAACUGCGCCGCCGAAUUCGGCGGCUCGAGGAGGAAUGCCGAGAGUCGAUCGCGUUGACUGCUGAGGAAAUCGGUCUGUCUGAUUCCGACGACGACGACGACGAUGGUGCUUUUAACGGGUUGCGGAGCUUCCAUGGCCACCAGAGCUUUGGCCUUGGCAGGAGCCUCGGCCACCAGGCGUCCUUCGCAUCCGGACAAUCGUCCAUCAUUUCGGAAGAUAACGACGACAUGGAUGCGCCGCCCUCGACUGACGAGCCUCUACCUGCUCGGGUCCUUUUGGAGCAAAUUGCCCAGCUGACCCGUUUGCAGCAAGAGAUGGCAGACGCCGAGAACAGUGAGGACGAAGAGGAAACGCAUGCGCGCAUAAAGGAACAGUACCGUGUGCUACGCGCGAUCAAGGCGAACAGCCGCCAGGAUAGCGGCGGAUCGGAGAGUGAAGACGACGACAACUGGAUAUAG